CUGCAGUUUGACGGCCUCUAAGAACCUUGGGAAAUCUCACAAGGGAGUUUGCAGGGGUUCACCAUGACUGCGAUAAAGAUUAGGGCCCUGGGGGGCCCUUCUCAGAGGAAAUCCGAGCCACUCUUUCUGGAGGUACUGACCCGUAGCCUGAUCAUCCUCUGCGCAGCCCUGGCCAUCAUGCUCUCGUCUGCGGCUGUGUGUGACGGGCACUGGCUUCUCUCUGGAGACCGCAUGUACGGCUUGUGGAACCUCUGUGUCCUGAGAGCCGACCGGGCCGCGGCCGCAUCCCUGAAUUGCACCACCAACUCGGUUGGGUUCGGGACGGAGGGGCUGGGGCUUGGACUGGCUUUCUGUCGCUCCGUGGUCUCUCUGGCUGUGGUGGCUGCUAUCUUUGGCCUGGAGAUGCUGCUGGUGUCGCAGGCGAGUGAGGGAAGCGGGUCCAGCCAGCGCUGGAGUCUGGGGUCAGCGCUUCUGCUUCUGGCGGCGGGUCUGGCCUCCGCGGGGGUCGUGUCCUUUGUGUUUACGCUGGGGGUACACGCCUCACCCCUGGGCUUCACACUCACAUUCUGGUGUCAGUUUGCUGCCACCUUCCUGUUCUUUCUCAAUGGCCUUGCAGCACGACACUAUCAGAACCUGAAAGCUCCACUAAUGCCCAGCGGUAACCCAGGAAAGGUCUGAGAAUCAACUCUGAAAACCCUGACAGAGCCAAAGGCUGUCAGAAGCCACAAACACUCCAAUACAAAGAAGUUCCUGAAAAUCUUGUUUGGUACUGAAAACUAUGUGUUAGUGAUUAGACAGUAAGUGAUGUUUAAACAUUUAUAUAAAUAAAUAGAAGUGUUGGCUCUUUAGCUCUAAUGAUAUUUACGGUAAUAAAUAGACACUGAAGAACAUUUACUCUUUUUGUUUGGACAAAAUAUGCUCUAAGGUACCAGUAUCUUGUUCUUAAGUUAGAAAGGUUUGUUCCAGUGCUCUCCAGAAAUAAAACUUUCCCUUGUGUUUUCA